CCAAAACAUCAUCACCAAACAUACACAAUCACAAAUCAAACAAGUCAGCAACAAUGUCAAACGCAAGAGUCUUCCCCUGCCUGGUUUUUCUCAUCUUCCUCACUUCCCCACUUGUGCUAUGCUCUUCUAGCCCCAAAGUGGUGGCUGUAGCAGCAUCAGCCUCAACAGAAGAAGCUCCAAAAAGACAUAUUGAUCCUCCGGCAAUGCUUGUUUCUGAAUCCAUCGAGGUUGAUUCAUCAUCCUCUAUGGCCAAGAUUGAUGAUGAGCCUGCAACCAACUCUGCCAUAUCCGGUUUCUUCAGGUAUAGAUUCCCAUUCUACGGCUGGCCUUUCCCAAUGGUUAAGCCUGCAAAUCCUUCUGUUCCUGCAACACCGGUGACUGGAGCUAGCGAAGAGGAAUCUGAGAAGGUGCCCUCUUCACCAAGCGAAGGUAACAGAGAUGGAGGCAACGCGUGAAGAUGAAUGGCGACAAGAAAUGUUCUAGCACAAACUUAUAUAUUGUGUUUAAUAACUGUUGGAUCAUUAUCAUCUUAGUUUUACAUAUCGUAUCGAGUGUUAGUGUACCUUGUACUAUAUAAAUGCUAUGUGACAUUUUACAUGGAUAAUGAAAUGAAUACUGCUUAUAUUA